ACUCAUUUCUGUGUCCCUAGGUUGAUGGUUGGAUUUCUCUUGAGGACAUUUAGAAUUUAAUCAUUUGGUGGAGAAUAGAACAAUUUUGCCUGAUUUUAGCUUUUAAAUUUGUUUCCUUUUAUCGGUGGGAAUAAUAGAAUUUUUAGCAUCCCUCUGCAGUAACCUGGAAUUAAAUUGUUUGUUAGUCUGGUUAUGUGUAGAUUCGUAUGGUUGUUCAAGGGAUUCAUGGGAUGAGGUGGCCUAAUGCCAGAUCACCAGUCAGUUACAUCAUUUUACUAUUGGCCACUAUUCUUGUCUGGGACAGUGUUUGUGCCAUUUUUAGAGACGUUGUGGCACCAUCAGCAGAUUUUACGUUUAUUUACAUAUUUUAAUUUUAAUCUUGUUGCCUCGGGUGGGGAAUCUGUCUUUGUUUUAUUGGAAGUCAUUUUUUCAAGAUUUCUUAGGGUGGUAAAAUAAACAACUCUCUAUUCGUAUACCCACUCUACGUCUACUGUUCUUUAAUUUUUUCUUUAUAUUUUAGUUGUUUUUUUUCAACAAUGAAUGCCUCUCCUGGAGAAAGUACUUUGGUGCUGCCCGCGCUGGUGGGGGUCGGGGUGGUGGUGCUCAGCACGGCCCUCAUCGCCAGGUACCUGUACUCCAAGAAGAAGAGCGUUGUGACGCUCCAGGACCCGACCGUCAAGUACCCCCUGCCGCUCACGGAGAGGGAGGAGAUCUCCCACGACACCAGGAGGUUCCGCUUCGGCCUGCCGUCCGAGGAGCACAUACUAGGUCUCCCUAUCGGCCAGCACAUUCACUUGUCCGCCAAAAUCGACGACCAGAUCGUGAUCCGGUCGUACACCCCGGUCACCAGCGAUGACGACAAGGGCUACAUGGACCUGGUCAUCAAGGUGUACUUCAAGAAUGUGCACCCCAAGUUCCCGGAAGGGGGCAAGAUGAGCCAGUACCUGGAGAACAUGAAGGUGGGCGACACUAUCGACGUGCGGGGCCCGUCGGGCCGGCUGGUGUACCUCGGGGGCGGCAAGUUCUCCAUCAAGGUGCUCCGCAAGGACCCGGCGCAGAUAGUGACCGUGAAGAAGGUGGCCAUGAUCGCAGGUGGCACUGGCAUCACCCCGAUGCUGCAGCUGAUUCGCCACGUCACCAAGGACCCGGAGGACCGCACGCAGAUGGCCUUGCUGUUCGCCAACCAGACGGAGGAGGACAUCCUGCUGAGGAAGGAGCUGGAAGAGGUGCGGGACAAACAUCUCGACCAGUUCAAGCUGUGGUACACGGUCGACCGACCCGCUGAAGGUUGGAAGUACAGCACGGGCUUCGUCUCCGCAGAAAUGAUUCAAGAACACUUGUUCCCGCCGUCGCCCGAAACGCUGGUCCUGAUGUGCGGCCCGCCUCCGAUGGUCAACUAUGCUUGCAUCCCGAAUCUCGACAAGCUCAACUAUGAUCCCAAGCUGAGAUUCGCGUAUUAAUCACGCACAUCGUCGGAAGACAUGUUUAAAUGUUCACUAAGUGAAAUCUUAGUCGCCUUAGGUUGUUUUUGCAAAAAAAAAAAAAAAAAAAAAAAGUCCGCAUCCAGUAAAGUAUUAGAUGUACUGUAAAUCUGUACGUGCCAAAUAGCUAAUUAUGUUUGUUAUUACAGUAUUUUUUUUUUAUGAAGUUAACUUGUUUUUUUUUUUCUUUUCAGUAUUACAGAAAUACAUAAAUUUGCUUUUACAUACUUAUUAAAGGAUGAUGGACAGUGUGUGCGAUAAAUACCGUAUUGGCCCGAAUAUAAGGCGACCCCGAAUAUAAGGCGACCUGCAGUUUCAGGAGGCCAAACAAAUGUAAAAAUAAUUUUUGGUAGAAAUUAAUGUGAAAAUUCAUUAGACAUACAUUUUGUGUUGAUAAAUCAUUUUUGCAUUUAUGUAUAACAAUUAAUUUAUAUUUAUCACAUUACUUAUUUAAAAUAAGUUUGAAUGGCCUACCCUAAAAGUCAAAAGAAAACAAUUAGAAAAUAUUUACAUUUUUAAGUAUUACACUAGAAAUUUUUUCGUAUGUUUACUCUAAUGAAGCUGCAUAAUUGUCAUCUUCAGAGCUGUUUAUUUGUCUAGAGCUCGUUCCCCGCCGUUCCACCGAUGUGUGAUUGUUCAUUUUUCACAGUUUACUGUAUCCACGAAUUUAAAAUUUUUACAAUGGCUAUUAAUCACUCUUAAAAUACAGCAUUUAACUUUCCGUUUGACUUAAGCUACGUAUUACCACAGAACAAGGCAUAUUACUAUUUAGUAGUGUGUUAAACGUAAAAAAAGCAAACAAAGAAUGCAUCUUGCCGGAACAAAACAAGUGGCUAGCUGACAUGAUGAAGCAUACGGCCAUGAAUAACUCGGUUACGUGACCGCGUAUAUUUGUCCAUAUUACUCUCUGACAGAGAGAGUCUGUUCUAUGAAUUUGAAAGAAUAAUCUAUUAUAAUUAUGAAAGGUUUUUACAUAAAUAAAGAGUGGAUUAUUAAAAUAGCUUUUGAAGCAACAUACCAAAUUCCUGUUAAUAUGGCGUCUUCGUGCGUGUUCGGCAAUGUUCGUUUUACAACAAAGAAAUAUUGUGGAAAGACAGUUGGCAGCCGUGAAUUUCCAAACAUUACAUCCGAAAUGUUUGUAAACGUAAACAAUCAUUCUGAAAAUAACUGUGAUAUUUUAGUACAAAUAUUUCCGUUAAAAAUCUGAAGAUAAAUUACCGUAAAUGUUAACACGCGAUUGUACACAAAGUACAAAUAUGAAUUGUGAAAUAAAAUGUUGCCAUUUGUAGAUGCUUCAACAUUUACGUUUUUACUCAAGAACAAAUAUUUUAAUCCUCAACUUCAAACAAUUGUGAAUUACUGCAAUAUUAGGUGGAUUUAUCGUUUUUCCCCGUGUGAGGUAACAAAAUUUUAGUUAAUAUAAAAAAUCGUGAACGUUUUGUUAAACAAUGUUUCUAUUGUAGCUUUCAGCUUGGAACUAAUGUUUGCGGUUCUGACGUCUUGGGUGCGAAAAUAAGGCGACUUCCAGUUUUUGCAUCUCUCGUUUAUGUAAAAAUGGUCGCCUUAUAUUCGGACCAAUACAGUAAUAUUUUUUUUGUAAGUACGUGCUGUGAUAAAUUCCAUCAGAGAAGCUUGCUUGCCAGCAUUGUAAUAAUUGUUCAUAUAUGAUGAGAAAAGAAAUCCUGAGUCAUAUUGGUUGAGUACCAACUCUGUGUGUUCUGUGUUUAGUAAAGACAUAUUGAAAAUAAAUAUAUCUAUUUACUGAA